GCAGAUUAGGACAACAGUCUAAUAAAAUAUCUAAAACAGAUUUACCCUCACAUGAAAAAAUAAUGUCUGCAAUUAAUGAAGCUCUUAAAGAUGCUCAAGAAAGUGCAACUUCAUUGGGGAUGUGUAAUAUAGACCCUAACGCAUUUAAGAUAGCUGAUAUUCGUACAUUACAAACAAAAGCUGAGAAAAUAGUAAACAAAGAUAUAUUUAAUGUAAAUAAAGAACCAAUUAGUUUAGAAAAUUCCAUACCAGAAAAUGACAAGGAAGAAAUAAAUAAUGUGUUUUCCAAUUUAGAUAGUUCAAAUCUUAAAAACUAUACUGAUAAAAUGAAACGUAAUGAUACCCCAUACCUAAAACUAAGCUUAAAUAAUAAAACUGAAAUGACAGUUCUAAAAUCUAGCUUAUGUUGGUUAUAUGCCAAAAAAGCAGGACGACUAUCAGUUGAUAGAAUUAUGAGAGUUAGAGGACCAAAUGAACAAAAGCACCCAAAACGAAGAAUUAAAUAAUCAAAAACCGAGAACAGUGACGAAGUGGAAAUGGA